UCUCUCUCAUUUGCAUCUGUCAAUUUAUUUAGCAGAGUUUCUUACAAAAUGUUGCAUAAAAUAUGGUUUGAUACAAAGUAUCAUAUGGAAAUAUUUAUAUGUCAACCAUACAAAUUUCAUUGGAAUAUUAGCAUUUAUUAGUUAAUUUUUAUUUUAUUUUUAAAAUCUGUCCACGGGUCUGCGCCUUUAUAUAUCGCUGACCUGCUUCCUAAAUGUGUUCUGAGCAGAGCCCUCAGAUCCUCCUUUUUAAUAAGUAUCCAGGGCUUAGACCUUUGACGAGACCCCCCCACUGCUGGAAUAGUCUCCCACCUGCUCUAAGGACUGCUGAAAUUGUAGAGAUUUUCACAAGUCAACUGAAGAACCACUUUUUUUAAAGCUUCGCCUAGUGCACUAAAAACCAGUAGGACCGGGGUUGUGGGGCCACAUUCCUCAGACUGUUUGCAGCUAUAACCAGACGGAACCGGUUUGACUGCUGUCAGUAAUGUAAUGUAAUGUAAAUGCAAUGAUGAAAAAUGAUUGCAUGCACUAAGGUUAGUGGGGAGGUUUUGCAUAGUUGUAUAGGAUAUUGUAUCAGGAAAAUCAUCUUUACUCAUAUAUGUGUGUGUGUGUGUGUGUGUGUGUGUGUGUGUGUGUUUUUCAUUUGUUAUUUUAUUCUUUUUCCCUUCCUCGUACGCUCCUAUUUGUUAAAGAGAAAUUAAUAUUAUAACCAGCUAUCUUGCUCAUAUCUGACCCGGUAUUAAUUGUAUUUUUGUUGUUGUUGUUGUUGUUGUUGUUGUUGUUCUUUCCUCCCCAUUUUCAUUUUUUUUUUUCAUUGGUUUGGGCCAAAAUCUUUACAAAUUAAUUCAGCAAUGCAAUUGCUUUCACUACUUGCAUUGUGCGCUGGUAUUGGUUUAGCCACUUGAAUUAUGCAAUGUGAUUGGCUUUGCUACUCACUCGGCUGCUUGCGCUGUCCAGUGCAGCUGGUUUUGUGACUUGCUGAGCUAGCCACAAAGCUAAAUGUGGAGCUAAUGGCGGAGUUAAAGCUUGUGAUAAGAGCUAUUUAUUAUCGCAGCUCACAAGCAAAUUUUCACGCUUACUGAGUGCUUGAACUGUGAGGGUAGCCAAAAAUAAUCAAAUAAAUAGAUAAUACACAAAAUUUAAUAAAAUCUGUUGAUAGUCCUAUGCAUUACAUCAUCUUUGUAAUUGACAUGUUUAUCAUCUUCAUCAUCACCAGUUAUCACAUUUGAAAGUAAAUAGUCCAACAUAAAUAAUAAUGAGGAUGGCUCAAUAUAUUUAAUUUGCUCUAAAACCCUUAUUUGAGACGAUGCUAUGGUGUUGAUUAAGGUAUCAUUAGCAGUAUCAUCAUGCAAAGACAGAAAUACUACAACUAAUAACAUUUUUAAUCACAGUUGGCUAUAAGUAGAAAUGUCAAAAUAACAAUGUAGUCAAAAUAAUAAAUAUGGUGGAAUCAGGGUAAAAGUGUCUUAUAUUAAUAGUAAUAAUAUAAAAAUAACAACAUAUUCUAAACAAUAAUGACGGUGAAUUCAUGUAAUCCUAGGUGUAAUAUCCUGAUACAUCGGCUCUGUGCAGGCAAUUCUCUUAAAUCACAACCCUUUUCUGCACCGAUGAUGAGUCAAUCACAGCCCCAUACUCGUUCAUGCCGGUGUAAGCAGGUACUUGCGCUGCGACGUAAAGAUUGGAUCAAAUUGGAAUUAAAUGAAUAUUAUAUCUUCUUCUGUGGGGCUCAGAAAAAAAAUCGGUGCCUGGAGAGUAAUUAGUUCAGUGUGAAGUAAUUUAAAAGUAGCGUCAAAAAUAAGUUAAUUUGCCCAGGGUAAAUUCGUAGUUUUGAAUUGAAUUCAAUGGGAAAAUUCGCUUUUUGGCACCAGAGGCUUACUAAACUGCAAUACCCCGAGUAACCACGUGAGUUUGCGAGCUCCACAGAGAAUGACAAUCCGUGGUCCACCGUGCUAAUGAUGAUCGUGUUCCACUUAGUCCCGGAGCCAGGACGCUCGUCAACUACUUUUCCAGUCCGUGCAGACAAUUCAGAGUGAUAGAAGACCUUAAUACGGGAGUCUGAAGACUGAAACCAAUCAGUCUGUCGCUUUCUGCUCUCCGAAACCAUUUUGUCGUCUCUUUGACUUUCCUCUCUCUUUUGGAAGCAUUCUUUGCGUGGUUUUUACAGAAUAGGUGAAAAAAAAUCUCUAAAUAAUUUUUUGCAUUUUGUGCCGUCAAAGAUUCGUCAUCGCUCCAUUAGGUUCCUCAAAGCACUGUCCAGGGCAAUUUUGAAAAGAUAACAUUUAUAGGUACUCCUGGUAUUUUGGACACGGAAAUCCACAUCACCAUGAACAUGCAGAAGAGGAGCCUUGUAUUCUGAGGUGGAUGUAUAAUUAUCCAAAGAAGCCUUUCACCCAUUUUUCACUAAUUUUUCUGAACACCCAUCAUGAGUACUGAACCAGUACAUCUUCCUCCACUGCCUGGAAGAUGCAGAAGCAACUUGCUGAUCAAGACACUACUUUUAAUUUUUAUUUUUGCUAUUUCUUUUUCUGUUUAUUUUUCUAGAACCUACAACUGGACAACCUUCCUCGUGCUAUUGGAUCCUGUGUACCCCACCAACACAGAGCUGGAACAUGAGCCAACCGAAAAUCCAUUCAGAGAGAUGUCUGUGGAUGACAUAAUGCGUUCGGUAUGGGACGAUCUCCCAGCAGACGGCAACUUCAGCUCUAUUGAAAGCUCUUCCAGUGGCCAGCACAGUGUGGUCAACUUGGAGCAGCCCGGAGCCCAGUACUGUGUGGGGGACAGCUUAAUCGUGCUGGUGAACAUGAAGGACCACAGGGGGAACCCAAAGGUGCAUGGAGGCGACUUCAUCCUGGCCCGAAUCCACUCUCCCAAUCUCCAGGCUUCUGCAUCAGGAGAAGUUACUGACCUGCUCAAUGGCUCCUACCGGGUGCGUUUCCGCCUGUUCUGGCCUGGAGACGUACUGGUGUCUGUGCUUCUCAUGCACUCCUCUGAGGCAGUCGGGAUCCUCAGGAGAAUCAGUGCGCACAACUACGAUAAGAUCAUAUACACCGGAACCUUCUACAGUUGGAACAAAACUGAGCAAUCUCAGUGCGGCAUCCGGCUGAAAGCAGACAAGCCUCUCUGCGAGUACAGGAAGAAGGAAGACGCGGAGUACUACGCCUGUGUCCGACCCAAAACCCUUUCCUGCAGCACCCUGAGGACCAUGCGGUCCAGAAAUGGCCCAAUUUCUAACAUGGCCAGGGAUGAGCGUUUGCUCCUGAGCAGGAAAAACAUUGGAAUAGAAAUGAGAAACAGCUUUGGUCCUGUGAAAGUCAUCAGUUGUCCCGCAGGAACCCACAGACCAACUGAAAAGUGUGUGGCAGGGUUUGGAAUGACGUCCCCUUCACAGAGUGGCUACUUCUUUAGAAACAGAUGGUCUUCCUCCUCCUGCCAGACGGGAAACUUCUUCAGUGCGGACGCCAUCAGCAGAUGUCUGAAGGGAAGGAACCUGAAACUCAUGGGAGACUCCACUGUGCGCCAGUGGCAAGAGACGCUCAUAAAAACGCUGAAAGGGCUGAAAUAUGUAAAUCCGUAUGAUACUCAUUACUAUGCCCUGGUUGUGGACCCACAAAGGAACAUCACUGUCCAGUGGAAGAUGCACGGACAUCCUUUCGUCACUGGCUACAACGUGGUCAAAGAUGCCGUGGGGUACAUUUCCAGAGAAGUAGACAGAGUAGCGGUUGGCGACGUAGUGGUCAUUGGAGUGGGACAGCAUUUUAGGCCCUUCCCCCUGGAGAUCUUCGUCCAGAGGCUGAUCAACAUGCGCAAGGCCAUCCUGAGGCUCCACGAACGCAGCCCCCAGACCCUCGUCAUCAUCAAGCUGGAGAACACCAGGGAGUUGGACUCAGAGAUGACCCACCUGAGUGACUGGUUUGGCUACGUUCAGAACCUGACUCAGAGAAAGGUGUUCAGGGACCUGAAGGUGGUGCUGGUAGACGCCUGGGACAUGACAACAGCCGCCAACACCUUCGCCACCCACCCCAACAAUAUUGUCGUUUCCAAUGAGAUAGCCUUGGCUCUGUCACACCUCUGUCAUGAUGCAUAGAGGUUCUUUCUGAAAGGAACUAUAUAACAGGAGUUUCUAACUCCAUUUCUCUAGAGACUUUGUUUACAGUACACCCAGGGGCUUGUUACAAUACACUAGGAGCUUUGGAAUUUUAAGGUUUUUAAUUGCGUCCCUAUUAGUAAUAGUAGGUGUUUGAUUCUGGGGUGGAAUUUGAGUGCUUAUUAAUGAUUAUACAAUGACAGUGUAGUAUACUGGCUAAGGAGUUGGUCCUGUAACCUAAAGGUUGCAAGUUCGAUUCCCUGGUAGGACAUUUCCGUUGUACCCUUGAGCAAGGUACAUAACCUGCAUUGCUCCAGUAUAUAUCCAGCUGUAUAAUUUGAAUACUAAACUGGCUUGGGCUGACCACAUACCAUUUUCACUGCAGCUGUUUUACCUCAGUUUUCAUCAGACAUGACACUUUUUGCAAAGACAUUCAAUAACCAUAUUCACCUCACCUAUUAACUUUCAGUUUUGAUGAAUAUCUUUUCAUAUUUAGAUCUGGGCUAUUAAAAGCCUUGAUCAAGAUACUUGCUACCUAGCAGUUUCUAGUCAGUCACCUAGCGAAGCUACCUGGUAAUACUGAGCUCUUUGUGAAAACUAUGGAUGGGUACCAGUAAUGGAUUGAUCGAUUACAUGUCAGAUAUGUGCCUACUUGAUCUUCUGAUUUUCUCAUAAAGGCUAGGCUACACAAGGUACAACUAGGCUAUGUGUUGGAACUUGGCUCCAUUCAGUAAUUUACAUUACAUUACAUUACAGGCAUUUGGCAGACGCUCUCAUCCAGAGCGACAUACAAAGUGUAUAACCGUAACCAGGGACAAGUGUGUUGACAACCCUAGAAGGAAGUACAGUUCCAAAAGGGAGCGACCGCAUAGUUUAACUUGGACCCUGUAGGUUAAUCUGAUCAACACAAACAAAAGCAGCAGCAAAUUUACCGUACAGUGUGUAAAAAAGAAGAGACACGUUAAAAUAGCGUAUAUUUCCUCAUGUAAUAUGAACAGAAUAAAGCAAAAAUAUAUUUUGAAAAAA